AUCAGGUAUAUUACAGAUACGGAUUCCCAAAAAGAGUUAGGCUAUCCAAAUCAAUCAUUAAUUGACAGUAUUAUUAUACUUGACAGCUUAUUUUACUUAUUCGAGUGAAAAAAAUCGUAAUCUUUUACAACACUUAUACAAAAUGCCUCCAAAACAAAACCUGACACCAGAGGAGCGCAAAGAAUUGAAACUGGCCAAAAAAGCGGAGAAAAAACUGAAGCAAAUCGAGAAAAAGAAGCAACUGAAACGCGACCAGCUGGAAAGAGAACUGCAGUACGGAUGGGUGACUUUGAGGAAACACGACCAGAAUUGGAGGAGGAUGCUGAUGGACAUCAAAGUGGUCGAAAUGAGGAAGGACCUGGAAUUUGCCUGGCACAAUUUCGAGAGGGUGAUAGACUGCAAGGACUUCACCAUUUCUUUGUUGAUGGAUGAGCUGGACAAGGCGAAUUGGCAGUAUUUUUUUAACUUGAAAACGCACUCUGAACAAAUCGAUAAUUUGAUUCGGAUGUUUGAGGAUAUGGUUCAUGAACUGGACACUGAUUUUAACAAUCAGGUUGACGAAUUACACAAAGAACAUCAGAAAAACGUCGAAGAAAUGAAACUGUCAACCACCGAAGAAGAAAACUACCUGAAAACGAUGAUCCACAUUCUGAAUGCGGAAAUGAAAGAAGUGAAACGCACCAGACGCGCCGAGUACUUCUCCAAAUUGGAGGAAGAAGACUCUAAACAAAAUCAAAUAGUCCAUAGGGUCAGGGGUAUUUUAGAACAACAACAUCUUCAAGUCUGGCUGGAAACGGUAACAUUCCUGGAAGAAUACAAGGAACGCAUUAAAGAGAGAAAAAAGGAGCAUAAUAGUUUGAAAAUCCAAGAUGAUCAGUUACAGGACGUAAUUAAAAAACAACUGGACAGUAUCAGGAGAGCAUUCAAUACAAUCAGGAGUCUAAAGGUUAAACAGGCCGAACAAGAGAAAUUUCUCGGAAGAAAACUGGGAGAUCUUCAAUCAGAGUUCGAUUUCUUCACGCUGGCCUUCAAUACCCUAAAGAAUAAACUUGCCAAAGAUAGAAAACUGGAUUUCCAAAAACUGAACUGCCUAACUUUGAACUAUCACGACGUGAUUUCCUAUUUUGAAGACUUAGAAACCGAAGGAAAGCAUCUUUUGCAUGUUGGCGCAGUUUGUAGGAAACUUGAAACGCUGAGCGAGAAAAUACUAGCUUUUCCUGUAAAUUUCCUAACUGAAAUGUCAAAGGUCAGUGCCGAAAAUGUGGAAGAGUACAUAAGUUCCUUAGACCUGUUUUGGCAACGCGUUGGUCAAGCAGAUACCCUCAGGUAUGCCGUCAACGAAGAACGGGAGUUUCUGAUAACGGAAAAUGAGAUACUUAAAAGAAGAUUGCACAAAUAUUGUCAGUGUUUGCAGUGUCCCGACUACCAACCUUUUAAAACAAUGCAAUCUGAAAAAAGUAUGUAUGUGACAGAAGGAACAUUAGAACUGAAGAAGUACGCCAAGCAGCUUAAUGUUAGAGAGUCCCUAGAGGAAUCUGUGAACGAGUAUUGUUUUGAUUUACACAACUGGAUUAAGUUUGAUGUAAAUGUCAAAAAAGAGGAUGAUGAUAAACAAAUAAAUGGCAAAGAAAUUUAUUAGCAUACAUUUAUUAAUAUAUUUUACCUUAUAAAAAAUACAUUACGAAAUCAUUAUAGGGUGAAUAUGCCAGUAGUCGGAUAUACACGAGUGGUCGAACAAAACUUAUUUAUUGGGAAAUAAGUUAAAAAUAUGGCUUAGUAUUGCUGCAAAUAAUUAAAAACCCAAUUCUGCCAAUCCUUCCGCUUUUUCCUAAACAUUUUCUUUACCUAUAAUUGGCACCCUGAAACCGUUAAAAAUUCGAGAAAGUGGCCAUAAUAUGUUUGUGCUUCCUAAUUUUUGCCUGUUAAAGAUGGAGUUGAGAUAGUUU